GUUGGCAGUGUUAAGGCUUCAAAAUUUUCAACACUCAAAACAACAACGUCCCCCCAUCAGCACUCCUAUCAUGAGUCUCCCUCGCCCGCCCAACCAGCCACCACCGCCGGCAUUCAUCCCCGACCAUCUUUCAACCGAAGUGCUUUCUUUCCUUCCCGUAAAAUCUCUUAUGCGAAUGAGAUGCUUAAGUAAGUUCUUUAACUCGCUCUUCACCGAUCCUUUAUUCAUCAAAUUGCACCUUCACCGAUCUGCACGAAAACCUCACCUCGCAUUAGUCACUUUCAAUACCGAGACUGUUGUACCCUUCCCAGUACCUCAAUUACUUUCCAACCCUCCGAUCACCCUCACCGACGAUACUCACUACCUUGCCGUAGAUCGUGUCUUUAUAAGAGAGGAAUUCAUUAUCCGCCAGGUUGUUGGUUCAUGCAAUGGACUAAUCUGCUUGCUUAGUUCUUCAACUGCAUGUCGUUACUUAUGGCUUCGUUUCUGGAACCCUUCCACAAGGGCAAUGUCAAGAGAAUUAGGGGCUAUGCACUUUUUUAGGCGUAGGUUUUAUAGAUCAAGGCCUUACAAAUUCUCAUUUGGUUAUGAUAAUUCAACUAACACUUAUAAGGUGGUAUCGUUAAUAUUUAGUUCUCGCAGUAUUAAUACAACAGAAGCGCAGAUUUUGAGUUUGGAUGAUGAUGUUUGGAGAGACAUUCCAAAUUUUCCUGGUUAUCCUCUUCAAUUGCUCAACCAUCACCACAAGGUGAAUGGCGGCGUGUAUUUGAGUGGCACUAUUAAUUGGCUAUCUGCUUCUUACUAUCGAAUAGUGUCUGUUGAUCAAUAUAUGAUUAUUUCGCUUGAUUUGGGAACUGAGAUAUAUACGCAAAUGCAACUACCUUCUGGUUUUGAUGAAAUGCCUCGUGUUUCCCCAACUAUCGGUGUGUUGAUGGACUGUCUUUGUUUUUCUUAUGAUUUUCAGCAAACACAUUUUGUUAUAUGGCGGAUGAUGGAAUUUGGAGUUGAAGAGUCUUGGACUCAAUUCCUUAGAGUUGGUUAUGAGAAUUUUCAAAUUGAUUAUAACUUAGGACUUCGGAAAUUUUAUUUGGUCCCAUUGUAUCUUUCGGAAAAUGGUGAUACAUUGCUAUUGGCAAGCUGCUUAGAAGACCGAGCAAUUUUCUAUAAUAUUAGAGAAAAUAGUGUAGAGAGAACUAGAAUUACCAAUAGAAUGUGUUGGUACUCUACUAAGGAUUAUGUUGAAAGCUUGGUUUCGCCUUCUUGAAAGUAAUCAAAACUCCAACUUCUAGCAGAUGGUGUUAUUCAUGGUACCUGAUAGGAUGGUAGGAAGCAAUAUGCUUAUUGAAGCUACAUUUUCUUCAGUUAUAGUACUUGUUUUGUAUAAUACAUUUAUGGCCCAAAUCUUGUUGUCUUAAGAGUUUCUUAGGAAAUAUUUGUAGAAACUUACUGUUGUUUAUACACAGGCAGAUGAAAUCUCCAAC